CCUUUAGUUUCUUAUUCAAGGAAAAAAAAUCCCUUUAGUUCCUUCUUCCUUUAGUUUUCUUCCAACAGGAGCUAUGAUUCUUCUGUUUAAAGUAAAGGAAAAGCAGAGAGAACUUGCUGAAAAUGCAAAUGGGGGAGCUCCUGCCAAAAAGCAAAGUCCUGGAGAAUUGCGUUUGCACAAAGAUAUUUCUGAGCUGAACCUGGCUAAAUCUUGUGCUAUAACAUUCUCUAAUGGAAAGGAUAACCUGAUGAGUUUUGGGGUUUCAAUUCGACCCGAUGAAGGAUAUUAUUUUGGUGGCACAUUUUUGUUCUCAUUUCAAGUUUCUCCCAUCUAUCCGCAUGAGGCACCCAAAGUUAAGUGCAAGACCAAGGUCUACCAUCCAAACUUUGAUUUGGAAGGAAAUGUUUGCCUCAAGUUCAACAUCUUACGUGAAAAGUGGAAACCGGUUCUCAGUAUAAAUACUGUAAUCUAUGGAUUAUAUCAUCUUUUCACGGAACCAAAUUAUGAGGAUCCCCUCAACCAUGAAGCUGCUGCAGUGUUGUGGGAUAACCCAAAGAUGUUUGAAUCUAAUGUGAGGAGGGCUAUAUCUGGUGGGUAUGUUGGUCAAAUUUUUUUUGCCCGGUGCAUUUAGCUUUUGGAAGGUAGCUGAAACUGCAAAUGCACAAAUGUCAUCAACGCUUGAGUUUCUGCGGGUUGUAUAAUUUUCCCGAAAAUUACCUUCUUUUGUCCACUGAUUUUUUCGGUGUUCCUGAAAGACCAACCAGAUAAACUUCAAUUUUUCACUGCAGCUUUCCUGAUGCUGUUGUAUGUUUCUGUGGCAUAUAUCAUUUCAAUGCGGAACUAGGAUGGAGUAAAGUCAAUCUACUGAAUUUAAUGCCCUUAUUAUGAAAUUACCUCUCUCAAAAUGAAUACAUUAUCUUUGUUUCUUUUA